GGAGCACCACAUCGUCCAUCGUUGGCGCCCCUACAUCUUAUAACUAGUCCCUCCUCUACCAUCUAAGACUUAGUACUCACUACACGCGGCUUGGACCAUAAAGCUGCUUCUGUAAAGCACGACUUCUUCUUCCGGCCUAUAAGCAAGGAACCGCCAGCCAUGGAGACCGCCGCCAACCGCGUUGCGUCGCUGGUCCUCAAGAAGAAGGAUAGCCUGAAGGAGAUGUCGGCCCAGCUCGGCAGCCUGGCUGCGUCGUGGCACCGCCUGGGCGCUCUGCGUGAGCGCCGCAUGACCAUGGGCGGCGCUCCCGAGGGGCCCACCACCACCACCCCCGCCGCGCCCUCUCCGAUGGUCAUGUCGCCCGCCCCCGCUCCCACCGCCUCCAACACCACCACCGCCGCGGCCGCUCCCACGGCCGCGCCGGCGUUCAUGGAUGCCUUUGUGCAUGUGCAGCUCACACCCCGCAACAGCGUUAAGGCCGCCGCCGAGGGCACCGCGUCCCUGCUCAGCCCCCGCCCCAGCGCCGCCGGCGCCAUGCUGCUCAGCCCCGCCGCCAGCUUCAAGGACCCCUCGCCGCUAGGCCCCCGCGCGUCCUUCAAGGAGGCGACAUCGCUGCUGUCGCCCGCCGUCUCUUUCCGCGGCUCCAUUAGCGGCGUGGCGGCGGCGGAGCCGCCUGUGGGCUUGGGCCUGCGCGGCAGCGUGGGCAGCGUCAUGUCGCCCUUCGCUAUGGCUGCCAGCGGCAGCGGCAUGGCGUCGGCAUUCGGCGGCGCGGCGUUCGCUUAAGAGGAGAAUGAGAAAUGAAGAAGAGUAAGAGAACGGUGGGACGCCGCCGCGUGAGGAGACUCUCAAGCGCGGGGGCCAGUGCGAUCGUGUUCGGUGCGUUACAACCUGAUGAUGUGUGUGGGUUUCUGCAGGGGUGGUGAUUGGUGCAAUGAGCACUCGUCUAGCGGUUGUUGAUCCGCAGGAUUGUGGACGAUUGUUUGAGCAAGGGCUUCGGCCAGCUUUAUAUCCUUAAUUGCUUUAGCUUAAUGACUUUUGCUAGUGACCGCGGGAUGAACGCGUUAGAGCGCCUGUGAUUGCAGGUUGGCACACACGAUAGUCGUACCGGAUUCGUACAACCGUAGCUGCAUCUCUUGCUAGAGAGGGGGAAGGCUGAUUGGUGCUCCCCCAUGCCUAGCUCUUCGACAAGGCACGGCCUUGCGAUUGAUUGAUCCCGUUAGUCUGCCAUAGUAUGGCGUGUGAUUGGAGUCGCAAAAGCCGCAAUUGCAAUAGUAUGGCUUAAUAACUUAGCGCCGUACUGCACGGUGACGAUAUUAGCGACGCGGCACAGUCCCCCUGGUGACGGCGCGCUUAGAACGCCCUGGUGUAGGGACAUAGAUACACGACACACGCAUGGCUUUGAGAAGUUGCCUCAUGGCCAAGUUGGCUUGAGCCGUCUGUUGACUGCUAGAACCAGGGGAACCCCUGGCUGUAACACGCAACAUGU